CGAGCCGUACAGUGGAGGCUAAAGAAUUGGAGCGGACAUCAGUUAUACAGGACGUAAUAUUUUUAACCAAAUUUAGUGCGCGAAUAGAGAGCUCAAAGAAGUCUUACCGCUGGUUGGUAUUUGAGACGCUCUACUGAGUUAUUCCGAUCAACCGGUGAUGUACUCCAGUAUUUGAAUGAUAUUGCUAGUCAGCUAGCUAGCUAGCUAGCUGUUAAGCUAGCUUUACGUUGCGUGACUCGAAGUAAUUGAAGAAUAUACUCUCGGACAGCAUUCUUACUAACACGUCUGAGUGCAUUUAUCUUUAAGACAUUUAUCAGUAGCCGUUUUUAUCUUUAGCACAUUUUUGUGGUAUGAGUUAUACGUAAUUUCUAAUCCAAGGUAGAUGAGGAUUGAAUGAAAUAACGUUAGCUUGCCAUAGCCAAGGAAACAAGCCAGCUAACAGGGAUAACGUUAACUUAUCCCGCUGCUUGCUGAUAGACUGCCAUCCAGCGGAUCUAGUAAAUGCUACCUGAGUUACCCACCUAAAAGCAUCGACCGAACUUGGUAGGCAGCAGUCAGUCACAAAGUUGCAGAGAGGCAAACGGCUACUACCAAACGUCAAGUUUGCCAUCGUCGACUCCAGUCCGCUGUGAAACGGUGACCGGCGUCAGUGUUUUUCGGAGAAGGCCAGAGUGAGGACAGAAACCUGCAGACAUGCCGGCUGUGUCGAAAGGAGAUGGAAUGCGCGGAUUGGCCGUUUUCAUUUCGGACAUUAGAAACUGUAAGAGCAAGGAGGCUGAGAUCAAACGGAUUAAUAAAGAGCUGGCCAACAUCCGCUCCAAGUUCAAAGGGGACAAAGCUUUGGAUGGCUACAGCAAGAAGAAGUAUGUCUGCAAGCUGCUCUUUAUCUUUCUGCUUGGCCAUGACAUUGACUUUGGACACAUGGAGGCUGUCAACCUGCUGAGCUCCAACAAGUACACAGAGAAACAGAUUGGCUACCUGUUCAUCUCAGUACUGGUGAAUAGCAAUAGCGAGCUAAUCCGUCUGAUCAACAAUGCCAUCAAGAAUGACCUGUCCAGCCGCAACCCCACCUUCAUGUGCCUGGCGCUUCACUGUAUUGCGAACGUGGGAAGCCGUGAGAUGGCUGAAGCCUUUGCUAGCGAGAUCCCUCGGAUACUGGUUGCAGGUGAUACGAUGGACAGUGUGAAACAGUCAGCCGCCCUUUGUCUGCUGCGGCUCUAUAAGACUUCUCCUGACUUGGUGCUGAUGGGUGAAUGGACGUCCCGUGUGGUGCACUUACUCAACGACCAACACAUGGGUGUAGUGACAGCAGCCAUCUCCCUCAUCACCUGCCUGAGCCAGAAGAAUCCAGACGAGUUUAAGACGUGCGUUUCCCUCGCCGUCUCCCGCCUCAGCAGGAUCGUUUCGUCAGCCUCCACCGAUCUGCAGGAUUACACGUACUAUUUUGUGCCGGCACCCUGGCUUUCGUGCAAGCUGUUGCGCUUGCUGCAGUGUUACCCUCCACCAGAAGAUGGCGCUGUCAAGGGCCGUCUGGUAGAGUGUCUGGAGACCAUUCUUAAUAAGGCCCAGGAGCCACCAAAGUCAAAGAAGGUGCAGCACUCAAAUGCUAAAAAUGCCAUCCUGUUUGAGGCUAUUUCACUUAUCAUCCACUACGACAGUGAGCCAAACCUCCUGGUACGAGCCUGCAACCAGCUGGGUCAGUUCUUGCAGCACAGAGAGACUAACCUGCGCUACCUGGCUUUGGAGAGCAUGUGUACUCUGGCCAGCUCUGAGUUUUCCCACGAAGCUGUCAAGACACACAUCGAGACCGUUAUCAAUGCCCUCAAGACUGAGAGGGACGUGAGUGUGCGACAGCGAGCGGCUGAUCUGUUGUAUGCCAUGUGUGAUCGCAGCAACGCCAAACAGAUCGUAGCUGAGAUGCUCAGCUACUUGGAAACAGCAGAUUACUCCAUCAGAGAGGAAAUGGUGCUUAAAGUGGCCAUACUGGCAGAGAAAUAUGCCGUGGACUACUCCUGGUAUGUAGACACUAUCCUCAACCUCAUUCGCAUUGCUGGGGACUACGUCAGCGAGGAGGUGUGGUAUCGCGUCAUUCAGAUUGUCAUCAACCGAGACGAUGUGCAAGGCUACGCUGCCAAAACGGUCUUUGAGGCUUUGCAAGCCCCUGCCUGUCAUGAGAACAUGGUGAAAGUAGGAGGCUACAUUCUUGGAGAGUUUGGGAACCUGAUUGCUGGUGACCCACGCUCCAGCCCCCUGGUCCAGUUCAACCUUCUUCAUUCCAAGUUCCACCUGUGCUCUGUGCCCACUCGUGCACUGCUGCUGUCAGCCUACAUCAAGUUUAUCAACCUGUUCCCAGAGACCAAGGCCACCAUCCAAGAGGUGCUGCGCUGUGACAGCCAAAUCCGCAACUCUGAUGUGGAACUGCAACAGCGUGCUGUCGAAUAUCUCAAGCUUUCUUCGAUUGCUAGCACCGAUGUCUUGGCCACCGUCUUAGAGGAGAUGCCUCCCUUUCCAGAGAGAGAGUCUUCCAUUCUGGCUAAGCUGAAGAAGAAGAAGGGCCCAGGAGCCGUCUCUGUGACAGAGCUGGAUGAUGGCAAACGAGAGGCUGGGGAGUUGAAUGGAGGGGGCGACCGGGGCCCAGACACAGCAGCCAUGGCUGCAUCCAAUGCUUCCACCCCGUCACCAUCAGCAGACCUGCUGGGAAUUCGCUCUGCAGCUCCUGUCGGUGCUGCUCAGACCAAUGCUGGCAGCCUACUCGUGGACGUGUUCUCUGAUUCAGGGCCUGCUGCACCUUCUGCUGCUGUGAAUGAUGACGGCUUUCUGAGCUCUGCUCCUCCCUCUGAGGAUCCUGCUCCUCCUCUGUCUGAGGCAGAUGAACUUCUUAACAAGUUUGUGUGCAAAAACAAUGGAGUUUUGUUUGAGAAUCAGCUGCUGCAGAUCGGCAUCAAGUCAGAGUAUCGUCAGAAUCUGGGGAGAAUGUACCUCUUCUAUGGUAACAAGACCUCAGUGCAGUUUGCCAGCUUCACCACCACAGUCAGCUGUCCUGGGGAACUGCAGUCUCAGCUGAAUGUUCAGAGCAAACCAGUGGAACCACUGGUAGAGGGAGGAGCCCAGAUCCAACAAGUCCUCAACAUCGAGUGUAUAACUGACUUCUCUGAUGCCCCACUGCUCAACAUCAAGUUCAGCAGAUAUGGAGGAGCUCUGCAGAACCUGACUCUCAAGCUGCCUGUCACCAUCAACAAGUUCUUCCAGCCUACUGAAAUGUCCUCUAGUGACUUCUUCCAGCGCUGGAAACAGCUGAGCCAGCCUCAGCAAGAAGCACAAAAGAUUUUCAAGGCAAACCACAGCAUGGACACUGAAGUACUUAAGGCCAAGCUUCUGGGACUGGGAACAGCCCUGCUGGACAACAUUGAUCCCAACCCAGAGAAUUAUGUGUGUGCUGGAGUGAUCCAGACCAAGAGCCAGCAAAUUGGCUGCCUGCUGAGACUGGAACCGAACGCACAGGCACAGAUGUACCGUCUGACUCUGCGCUGCAGCAAAGACACUGUGUCAAAGCGUCUCUGUGAGCUGCUGGCCCAACAGUUCUAGAGUCCACGCCUCCAUGUGACCAGUACUCCUACCAUCCCCACCAGCGACCUCUCCCUCAGACCCUCCUACUGCACCUGUCCUCCUUCCUCCAACAGAGAAUCAGAGUAAAAAAACCAAGAGUGUAACCUACAUAAGGGAAAAGCAGCUGCUGCUAGCAGCAGCAAUAUUAAUGUCAUUCUUCCUGUUCCACAUUCUGAUUCUAGUUCAUCUUCUACUUGUUUAUUAACAUAAUGCUACAUUAUUGUUUUUGUUGGUUUACCUGUGUAGCUGGAGUGUGUGUGUGUGUGUGUGUGUGUGUGUGUGUGUGUGUGUGUGUGUGAGAGACCAGGAGAGAGAGUGCAUGUGUCCCAUGGUUGUGCCUGGGGUCUCAUUCUGCUCCAUACAGACUGUGUGAAGUAGUAAUGCUGUGUAUUCUGUGUGUGAGACAGUGAUUCAUUUAUAGGACAUUCCUUUAAGACCCUGCUAAAUGCUCACCUGCCAACCUCUGCUUGAGUUUUUGGGAUUGGACCUGGCAGUGAGCUGGUCUAGCAUUCCCACUGAAGAAGCACUUGAAGUAUUGGGGAUGGUCUUUGAGGCACAGGCUCCUCCCCUCUGAUUCCCCCUCUGACACCACCAGCCAUUUGUUUCAUACACAUAAUGCUCUCAUUGAACUUAUGUGUAGGUAAAUGAAUUUAAUGCUUUCCAGACAUUCCCAUCAGCUUGUUUAGACUGGUACUGAUCAUUUCAUCCAACGUGAACAAGUACUACGAUAGCACAGAGUGAAGACUGUGCAGAUAAUCGGUGAAGAGACCAGCAGCGACCCCAUCCAUCUCCUUGAACGUGGUUCAGGUGCUUCUGAUUGAAAGCUUGGGGAGGCCACCAACCUGCCAGGCAUACAGUUUUCAUUUGACUCCUGUACGAUUGGAAGCUUGUUUUUUAAAAUCACGCCCCCACAGAUGAGACGAAUUCUUUUUCACAAGGUAUUUGAACACCACGCUUUAGUUUUCCAAGACAGAGAACUGGCUAACUGUUUCCCCACUGCUGAAGAAGCGCAGUGCAAAGGUGGGCUUGUGGAUAAGACCAGUCCAAACAAGGACUAUGGUUUGGGCUGCUGCACCCGUGUCGCUUUGGCUUUCUUUUGUUUUGUUCUCCAAAGAUAUGCACAGCCUUAAUUGGGAUUAAAGUAAAGCAUAAAUGGAUGCAUCAUAUUUACGUCAUGGAUCCCAAAGUUUGUGCUGGGACAGAGAAGCUCUCUACACAUGUAGCAACAUCCCAACUGGGACACAGAUUUCAGUCUGGUCAGCUUAACCUUAUAGAAUAAAUCUGGUGUUUACAUAAACAGCUGAUAUUUAGAAGUUGCUCAUAUCCAGCUUCGGAAUUCCGAAAUUUAUCCACAACUCGUCCCGGCUAUCGUGUCAUAAUCAAGCACUGAUGUUCCCGGAGUACAGAAUGUUAGACACCCAGAUGUCCAACACAACUGCUGUGUGUGUGUGUGUGUGUGUGUGUGUGUGUGUGUGUGUGUGUGUGUGUGUGU